CACAUGUGUAUAAACCAAUUUUACGACCGGUGUCAAACUGUUCUUUGAAAAAACACACUUUGGCUUGUUCACAAUACGCGUGGUAAUAAUAAAUACGAAAUUCUGAAAGUUCGCUCUUAUUCCAUUGGGAAUUAUAUUUGAAAGCAUGGGUAAGAACAAGCGCAGCAACAAACAAAAUCCUUUCGCUAGAAAAAAGCGAGAGCUAAAAGAAAAGGGAGCAGAACCAGAUCGGAGGGAUAAACCAUACGAGGACAUUGUUCGUGAAAAUGAAAAUUUCGAAGUCUACUACAAACAUCAGAAUAUUUGCAAGCCGGAUGAAUGGGAUGAGUUCAUGGGAAAACUUCGAUCCAAUUUACCAACAACUUUUCGCAUUACCGGCUCUAAAGGACAAGCUCGGACGUUGCUCAAGAUAAUCAAGGACAAGUUCUUCACAGAAUACUACCGAGCAGUGACAGAAUUUAAGGAGAAGGGUGAAAAAAUUCCUGAGCCAAAGUGCCUAUCGUGGUAUCCGAAUGAGUUCGCAUGGCAGCUGGAUUUGUCGCGAAAAGAUAUUCGUCGGUCGGAACCACUUUACAGAUUACAUAAUUUCCUGAUCGCUGAGACUAGUUCUGGUAACAUUAGUCGUCAGGAAGCAGUAUCUAUGAUUCCUCCGCUGGUUUUAGGGGUUGAACCUCAUCAUAAGGUUUUGGAUAUGUGUGCAGCACCGGGUUCAAAGACCGCUCAACUGAUUGAGGCUUUGCAUGCUGGUGGUGAGAGUUUGCCUUCGGGAUUCGUGCUUGCCAACGACAUCGAUAACAAUCGCUGCUAUAUGUUGGUCCAUCAAGCUAAACGGUUGAGUUCUGCUUGCUGUCUGGUGACAAAUGCAGACAGUACAGCUUUCCCCAGCAUGAAGCUGAAAAACGAUACCGGUGAAUUGACGACUCUCAAAUUCGAUCGCGUUUUGUGCGAUGUGCCGUGCUCAGGCGACGGAACCUUGCGUAAAAAUCCAGACAUUUGGAAUAAAUGGAAUUUAGGACAUGCAACCAAUUUACAUGGUCUGCAGUAUCGUAUUGUUAAACGAGGCGCAGAAUUGUUGGAAGUCGGAGGGAAACUGGUGUACUCAACGUGUUCCUUGAAUCCGAUUGAAAACGAAGCAGUUUUACAUUAUCUUCUGGCACAGGCUGGGGAUGCGUUAGAGAUUGUGGAUGCUAGCCACUUGCUUCCGACUCUGAAGUAUAAUCCCGGCCUAACGUAUUGGGAACUGGCUUCGAAAGAUAUGAAAUUCUACAAAUCGUUUGACGAAGUGCCUGGUGUCUAUCACACGGUAAUUCGCCCUCAGAUGUUUCCACCAGCGCCGGAAGAUGCAGACAAAUUCAAUUUGACUAGAUGUAUUCGUGUUAUGCCUCACCAUCAGAACACGGGUGGAUUUUUCAUUGCACUGAUCGAAAAGAAAAAGAAACUUCCUUGGGAAUCGAAUGAAAGCGAUGUUCCCGCACAGAAAGAAAGCUCGAAUGAUAGUGUCUCGGAACCACCGAAAAAGAAAAUGAAGUAUCACCGGGGCUUUAAGGAAGAUCCUUUUGUGUUCUUCGACGGAACAGAGGAAAUAUUUGAAUCGAUAAAAAAGUUCUAUUGUCUUAGUGAAGAUUUUAAGGCAAUCAAUUUGUUGACACGAUGCAAGGAGGGUAAGAAGAAGAACAUCUACUUCUGUUCGGACAUUGUUCGCAAUGUACUCACCACAAACGAGGAACAAAUCAAGUUCAUUAAUCUCGGCGUGAAAUCAUUCGCUCGAUGUGACAAUCGCAAUAUGGAUUGUGAUUUCCGGUUGGCACAGGAAGGCCUGGAGAGUGUGAAUGGUUUUAUUGGCCAAGAACGACGUAUUCACAUCGAGAAAGAUGAUUUGAUACAAUUGCUUUCCAACAAUGAUCCAACGAAACCCCCCGAAAUUUCCAGUUUGAGUGAAGUUACUCAGAAAAACGUCGAAGAUUUUGCACCUGGUAGUUGCAUACUGGAAUACAGAGGGGACGAUUUGGAGUUGAAUCUUGUUGGGUGGCGCGGGACGAGAAGUUUACGAGCGUACGUUGAUCAACACGAUACCGUCCACAUGCUUCGACUAUUGGGAGCUGACGUUUCGAAAUAUGAAAAGAAUAAGUUCGAAGAAAAGAAGGAGGCUAGCGAAACUGCUACGGAAACAUCGAGUAUCAGUUGAGUUUGAAGGCAACGUGAAUGUGCACAUUUUAUUUAGUUGGAAUGCUUUUCUACUGCAAGCAAUUGAAACGAUUCUGAGAGUUAGUACGUAAUUUUUGAUCCAGGGCUACGUUUUACUCAAUGAUAUAAGGAGCGGAAUUAGAAUUCCAAAAUUAAACAUUUAACGAAAUAAUAAAAAAAUAAUUGAACGAUUA